GGUGGUCUCUACGCCAUCGGCAUUAGUAGAGCCUGGGCUAGAUCGGACAUUACAAGAUAGUGUUAUUGAGCAACAACCAUUUCCGCCUUCUAAACAUUUAACUCGCUCGCGUUCGCCUUUCCCCGCAGGUCGAGUCGCUUGUUCCCACGGCGACUUGAUCCCAACAUUACGCGUUUUUAGUCCACUUAGGUCGGAAGGGAUGCCGCCAAAGACCCACUCCGACGGGCGCAAGCACUCACUGGAUGUCAUCUCGUCGCAUUUAAUCGGAAAGAGUAGUUUUUCUAUAAACUUAAGCAGCCUCCGAGCCGCGCAGCAUCCACCCACAGCGACGCUUCACUAAAGCGCGGCAAGAAAACACGGCUAGCGGUUAGCAUCAGCCCGGACCGAAACAAGCUGAUAGGCCUCCACAGCGACACUUUUGUGGGAGUGCGUCUGCUUCUCUGCUGGUGGAGUUCAUUCAGAACUGCAAUGAAGCUGCUGGAAAACUCCAGUUUUGAAGCCCUCAGCUCGCGUCUGUGUGCAGAAACAGGAGAGUCUCGCAUUCUUGGAAGGAUCGAGAGCUACUCGUGCAAGAUGGCGGGCGACGACAAGCACAUGUUCAAGCAGUUUUGCCAGGAGGGGGAGCCUCACAUCCUGGAGGCGCUGUCCCCGCCUCAAUCCACCGGCACCACCAGCCCCUCGCCGCUCGCCAAGAGCAGCGAGGACGGGGAGAACCCUCUGAGCGACAAGUGCUGCAGGAAGACACUCUUCUACCUUAUCACCACGCUCAACGAGUCCUUCAGGCCCGACUACGACUUCAGCGCGGCACGUGCCCACGAGUUCAGCCGGGAGCCCAGCCUCAACUGGGUGGCCAACGCCGUCGACAGCAGCCUGUUUUCUGCCGUGGGCGAGGACUUUAACUCUGUGGGGCCCGAACUGUGGAGCGCCAUGGACCAGGAGAUCAACCUGCAGGCUUGUGACAUCUACAGCUACAAUCCUGACCUGGACUCAGACCCUUUCGGAGAGGAAGGGAGUCUCUGGUCCUUCAACUACUUCUUCUACAACAAGAAGCUGAAGAGGAUCGUCUUCCUCACGUGUCGCUCGGUCAGCGUCCUGAGUGCCUGUGGUAGAGACUGUCUGGACAAUGAGCUGGACAUGGAGCUGGAGGAUGAAGAUGGGAUGGAUGCUUUACCUGACAACAGGUGUCCCAGAGCUCUCUGUGUGUGAUUACCACCGCUUUUUUCCUCUCUCUCCUUCUCGCCAUUCACCAUCUUCCUUUUUGUUUGGAAGUCACCAAAAGACUGAUGCAUGUUUUCUUGCUGGCGUUAUUUGAUAUUGAAACCAAUGUAGUGACGAGCAGGAUGCUAGCUGUUUUCCAACAAAGACAUUCAAGCUGGUUUUUGAUGUUUAACACUGAAAUGUGUAAAAAAAUAAGAAAAGUUAACUUUUGCCCUCAACAUUGCCAGUUGUUACAUUGUUUCCCUUUCUUGAAAAGUGAUUGUAUAGUUGCAGUUUAGACAUAUAUGUUGGUGUGAAUAAAAAGGCCAGAAAAGUCACA